CUUGUUAUUGGAUCAAAAUGCCAAACUCAUUUGAAACCGUAGAGUUGAGCGCCGCUGCGACGCAAGAGCAGGUGCUCGCGCAGGUCACCGAAGUCAUGCAAGAGCUUCGAGAUGCCACUGCGAGUAGUCCGCUGCUGGGGCUUGGAGCGCCGGUAGCCGAGCAGAGCGAGACGCUGAUUGAGGCACAUCGAACGAGAUUCGGUCAAGACGUGCUUGACUUGACUGGCAAUCCCGCGCUUCCCGAGCUGCUGGACGAACUAUCUCGUCUGGACGCGUGCUUUCCUGCGACCCAUGAUGCAGACGAAGCAUUGAACCUGCAUGAGCAAGACCUCAUCAACCAAAUUGCAGAGACCGAGGCAGAGCUGCAGCGAAGAGCAUGGCUGGUUCUUCCCGAUCUCAAAACGACUGGCAGCGCGCAUGUCGAAGAAGAAGAUGAAGGCAUGCUGCACGACGACGAUGCCAGUCCCAUCACCCAGGCAGAUCCAUCACACCAUCCAGAGAACAGCUCUGGCGAGCUCAAGAGCGAAGCAUCGCAAGCGAGCAUGCCACGCGAAGUGUCUCUUGCAGUCCUUGCGGCCACAGCAGCGCAGAUUCAACUGAACAGACACUUGACUGAAAACCUUGUUAUGGAGCACGAUCUCUUGGCAAGCAUUGAUCUCAUGCUCGAUGAGCAGAGUCAGGUUCGAAAGGUGACGGAUCUCGAGCGGGGUAGGGCGCAUCGAAGUAUUCGCAUUCGAUUUCAAGCCGACAAGCUCCGAGCUCUCCGAAGACAGUGUGACUUUUGGCAGCAGUGUGCUUCAGCACUUGAGCCGAUGUCCACUUCCACAAUGCUGCACGUUAAGAACGCUCAACGGCACUUGCAACAGUAUCCCCACAUUGUGCAAGCGGUCUUGAGGGAAAGCGCCAUCAUGGGCAUGGUCAGGCUGUAGUACGAGUCGGCUUUUUGGAAUGGGGUCGUGAGCAAAUGUGAAAGCCCCGCUUGCAGAUGUCGCUGCCAACGUUUCACAGUCUCGGUUUCGCUUGCCGCUCUGCUCUCGCAUCAUCCCCGAGCUGCUGGGCAUUCUCCCUCUGAUUCCGAGCACGCCUCCUGCAAGCGAGAUCGCUUGAUUUCAGUCGUUUGUCGGUUUGCAAUCCAAGCAAUAUUUUUUGUUGUUCUGCGAGCUGGGCGGUUUCUUGACUGCCAGCUUUUUUGAGCAAGGGGCCUCAACGCUGCUGCGGCCACAUACACCAUGCGCAAUGCCUCUCUAGUCAUCCACCGGUUGCGGUAGAGGCACCAGGUUUGUUAUUCUGCUUUCGUUUUUUUUUUUUUUUGGUUGUUUUUCGCGUUGGGUUG